AUGUCCGGACGCCAGCAGCGUGUGAUGGUUCAGCCCAUCAACGUGAUCUUCAAGAAUCUCCAGCAGAGGACCAAAGUUGUUAUCUGGCUGUACGACAACAUCGAGAUGCGGAUCGAGGGAACAAUCAUUGCGAUCGCUUCUUCAUUGCACAUGAUACUGCUCGCGAUGGUGUUUCACGCGCUGUCUUCUUUCCAUGAUCCUUUCUUCCUGCAUCCGGACUUUGAGAUCGUGGCUAACCCCAAUUGCUUCCAGGGAUUCGACGAGUUCAUGAACAUUGUGAUAGACGAUGCGGCGGAGGUGUUCGUGAAGGACGCGCAACCACGGCGAGAACUCGGGCGCAUCCUCCUGAAAGGUGAUAACAUCACGCUCAUUCAGCAAGUCGUAUGA